AUGGUGUACACAGGAUUUGGUUUGGAGCAGAUAAGUCCAGCUCAAAAGAAACCUUAUAAUGAACUAACUCCGGAAGAACAGGGUGAACGGGGUGCUGAAAUGAUCAUGAACUUCAUGACUUCCUGUCCUGGAAAAUCAGUUGUGAGUGGUGUAACAGGGUUUGCACUGGGUGGUGUUUUAGGCCUGUUCAUGGCGUCAAUGGCAUAUGAUACACCUCUUCAUACACCUACACCUGCAAAUACAGCAGCAACUGCAACUGCGGGAAAUAUAGGUGUGGGUGGAAUAUCAAGAACAGUUCAGCAAAUAUCUGAUUUACCUUUCCGGCAGCAAAUGAAACUUCAAUUUACCGAUAUGGGUAAAAAAUCCUACUCUAGUGCUAAGAAUUUUGGCUACAUUGGUAUGAUAUAUGCUGGGGUGGAGUGUGUCAUAGAGUCACUUAGAGCUAAAAAUGAUAUUUACAACGGAGUAACCGCAGGGUUUUUUACCGGUGCUGGGCUGGCAUACAAAGCUGGACCACAAGCUGCCUUAAUGGGUGGUGCCGGGUUUGCUGCCUUUUCAGCUGCAAUUGAUUUGUAUAUGAAAAGUGAGGAUGGUAGACCACCUCAAAACGAUUUUAAAGAAUGA